AAUGAGUUUCACCGGUAAAGUGGCCAUCGUGACUGGUGCUGCCUCCGGGAUAGGAGCUGCCACAGCCAAAGCAUUGGCCAAAGAAGGCGCCAAGUUGACCCUGGUGGAUAAAGACGAAGCAAAACAACAAGAAGUCGCCAAGCAAUGCGAACAGCAUGGCAACAAACCUCUCAUCAUCACAGCAGAUAUCACUAAAGACGAAGAUGUCAGAGUCAUAGUGAAAAACACUAUCGUCAACUUUGGCCAGUUAGACCUGCUAGUGAAUAAUGCAGGAGCUUGCAGGACAUCAUCCAUUUUAGAAGAACACGUUAUGGAACAUUUCGAUUUCCUUAUGAACACGAACCUGCGAUCCAUGGUAUAUUUGACGCACCUCGCUGCUCCGUACCUGAUCAAGACUAAGGGUAACAUCGUCAAUACUUCGAGCAUCGUUGCACUCGGCGUAACUGAACGUUAUCUGGCGUAUACAGUUACUAAGGCAGGUGUAAGUCACUUCACGCGCUGCGUUGCUUUGGAUCUAGCUCCAUAUGGAGUGAGAGUGAAUGCCGUAGCUCCGGGAGCCACCAAGACGAGCAUAUUAGAAAAUUCAGGGGAGCCAAAUGCGGACCAGGUGUGGGAGACAUGGAGGAAAGAACAUACUGCUUUGAAAAAGUUAUCGGAGCCUGAAGAGAUAGCAGAUAUAAUUCUGUUCUUGGCCAGUGAUAAAGCUAGAAGCAUUACUGGAUCGAUGUACGUUUGUGACAACGGGUCACUCUUGAUGUAA